AGUGAAAGAUUUAAAAUUUUGACAGACUCAAAGACCCGUACCAAUGCAAAGAGUACAUCACUGGCUAGAUGCUUACAACUCCCAAUUUCAAGAAUUUGGAUCUUGCAGUGCGUUUCUUAUCGCAGAAAUUCCAUCUGAGAGCCAACAAUUCUUCGCCGGAACUCUUCAAGUUGCAGCAAAUCCACUCACUUCUCAUUGUCUCCGGUUUCUCCGACGAGUCUUCAUUGGUGUCGACACUACUCCUUCACUGCAUAUCCCUCCCUUCCUUUCCCCGCGCCUACGCCCUCUCCAUCUUCAACCAGAUUCGCCGCCGCAAUGUCUACACCUACAACGCUCUCAUCAGAGCCUUCACCUCCGACCAAAACACCGCUAUUCUCAUCUACGCUAAGAUGCGCCGGGAGGGCGUCUUCCCCAACAAGCACACCUUCCCUCUACUCCUCAAGUCCAAAACCCACAUCCCUUUCCAGAUUUUCGCGCACUCCAUCAAGUUCGGCUUCGGCUCUGAUCACUUCCUGUGCAACACUUUGUUGAGUGUCUGCGCUAACGGCGGGCUCAUCGAGUGUGCUUGCAAGGUGUUCGAUGAAAUGCCGUACAGAGACGCCGUUGUUUACACAGCAUUGAUGGAUGGGUAUGUUAGGACUGGUGGAGCUGGAAAAGCUCUAGAGCUCUUUCUACAGAUGAGAUCGUCGGGAGUUGAGGCGGAUGAGGUAGCAGUUGUUAGCGCCCUCUCCGCUGCCGGAAUGCUGGGCCGUGUUUGGCUAGGGCGGUGGAUACACGGCUUCUACGUCGAGCCGGGGAGAGUGGUGCGAGAUGUUUAUGUUUCCACAGCUAUUGUUAACAUGUAUUUGAAAUGCGGUUGCUGUGAGGAUGCAAUGAGAGCUUUUCUUGAUAUGCCUCACAGAAAUUCUGUUUCUUGGAAUGCUUUGCUCUCUGGUUUGCUGCAGUUGGGUAAGUUUAAGGAUGUGUUGCUUCUUUUUGAUGCAAUGCUGCUCGAAAAAGUGGAACCUAGUGAAGCUACAUUAGCAACUGCGCUCACAGCUUGUGCUCAUUUGGGCUCGUUGGAUAAGGGAACGUGGCUUGAUAACUACAUAGGCAAACGCAAACUAGAGCUAAGCUCAGUGCUGGGCACAGCUCUGAUCGAUAUGUAUGCAAAGUGCGGGUGUGUGAAGGAGGCGUUUCGUGUCUUUGAGAUGGUGCGUGCGAAGGGCGUGUACCCGUGGACAGCCAUGAUACACGGGGUGGCAAUGAACGGGGAUGGCGUGGGCACCCUGAGUCUCUUCGCUAAGAUGUUAAGUAGUGGGGUGAAGCCUAAUGAGGUGACCUUGAUCGCUGUGUUGAGCGGUUGCGCCCACGGGGGUCUAGUGAGGGAGGGGCGAGAGGUGUUUGCAGCAAUGGAGCGGUGUUAUGGGGUGCGGCCUGGUGUUGAUCACUACGGGUGCAUGGUUGAUCUGCUUGGGAGGGCGGGGCGGUUGAGGGAAGCCGUGGAGCUGAUGGAGGGGAUGCCGGUGCCGGUGGCGGAGAAUGGGGGCGUGUGGGGUGCUCUGUUAGGUGCGUGUGUGAUUCAUGGGGAUUUGGAGGUGGGGAGAUGUGUGGGGAAUCGCGUGAUUGAGAUGCAGCCGCAUCGUAGCGGGAGGUAUUCUGUUUUGGCGAACUUGUAUGCGAAGUGUGGUGAUCGAGAAGCGGCGGCGGGUGUGAGGAAGAGAAUGAAGGAAGGUGGGGUGGAGAAGAGUCGUGGGUGUAGUUGGAUCGAGUCGAAUGGGGAAGUGCAUGAGUUUGUGGCGUUUGAUACAUCGCAUGUUGCAGCACAAGCUGUGUAUAACACAUUAGAUAUGCUUGCUGCUCAUUUAUGUGGAGAGGAUCAACUAGUUUUGUCGCCUCUCUGCAAAAAUGCCUCCAACAUAUUUAGUUAUUCAAAAUUAAAUUAACAUUGUUGAGAUAGUUUUGUUGAAGCGUCUCAAACAGUGCUUAUAAUUUCAUUUAUCGAAAAGAGAAAAAAGAAAAGAUUGUCGGCAAGUUUGACCGUAGAAGUUCGAGGAAGUGUCUUCAACGGUGAUUUAUUCCAUGUGAUUUACAGUUAUUUCAUAUUGGGUUAAUAGUAGAUUUUUUUUUAAAAAAUAGAAAAAUAUUCACACAAAUUAAAUACUCCCUCCGUCCACCAAUUAAAGCCCCAUUUGCCCUUAAAUAUUUGUCCACCAAUUAAAGCCUCAUUUUGCUUUUUGUACCCUUUUAUCCUCCCUCUUUAUUUGAAAUUACUACCCUUUGCCAUUAAUUAUCCCAUCUCAUUUUUUAACCCGUUUAAUCAACUAACUAAUUAUUCCCUAAAUAAAUCUAACAUGAUUUUUCGGUAGUUUCAAAACAACCACAAAUUUGGGCCAAAUUUCCUUGAAACAAUGUCUGGGCCAUUUUAUGUUCUAGAUUUUCGUGGUUCUUCAUUUUGAUGAUUUAGAGUAUUAAAUGAAACCUUACCUCUCUCUCUCUCUCUCUCUCUCUCUCUCGUCUUCACGAAUCUAUGAAUCUCUUUGCACCCGAAAUGCCUCGAUUUAGCGAUUCAGACACGAUUGUGCCAGAAACCGAAUUCCCGACCUUCAAUCUCUCUGAAUUGGAGUCGCCGAUGCCGGAAUCCGAAGCGGCGACUUCGAUCUUAUGAAUCUGCAUCGUUCCUACCGGAAUCUAAAGCGGCGGGCUUCCAUCUCUCUGAAUCGGAGUUGUUCUUGCCGGAAUUCGAAGUGGCGGGGUUUGAAAUCUCUGAAUCAUAGCUCAGGCCACCAUUGAAGCCCGGAAUCCGUCUGCGAAGAAAGGAGUUGGGGCUCAUGUCCUUGGGGGUGUAUCCUUGGGGACUCUGCAUUUCUUUAGGGUUCUAAUUUAUGUGUUGUUUGUCUGCUUCUAGUUGUUUUGUGAAGUGGGUAUUCACUGAAUUUUCAAAGCAUGUGUUUUUUCUUACA